UAAGAUGUAUUCGAAGGAUCUCCAGGAAACCAUUACACAAACAUAUGGUUUGUUCAAAGUGGAUGUAUGAUGAAAGAAAUUAAUACAGCUAGUUUUUAGUAUUUUAGUAAAUUUUCCCAUUUUGGAUGAAUAAAGACAGCUGAUAAACUAAUACAGGUUUUCACUUGAAGCUGUGUGAAAGUUGCUAAAGACAACAUGAAAGCCGACGACAAACUUCAAAUUCUGAAGUUCUUUCUAAUGCUUGUCAAUUCAGUAUUUGUGAUUCUUGGCAUCAGCAUUUUUGCAUGUUCUGCUUGGAUCUUAUUUGAUAACAACAACUUUAUAAGAGUCAUAAGUUCUGGAGAGGAAGUCAAGCUGGUGGCUGGUGGGCUCUUUUUCAUCGGCCUGGUUGUGGUUGGCGUGUCCCUGCUGGGUUGUAUUGGUGCCUAUUUAGAGAGCAGAUGUUUUAUUAUAUCUUAUCUGGGUUUCUUAAUUAUCAUCAUACUGGGUCAGAUUUUCAUCACCUUUGUGCUAUUGAUAAGACGAGAGUCGAUCAACAAGUAUUUAAGCAGUAGUGUAGAGGAUAUCAUUAACAAGUAUGGACAAAAUAAAACACACGAAACAUUAUGGAGUCUUCUAGACAGCGUGCAGAGUACUGCGAAAUGCUGUGGUUGGUCGACCCCAAAUGAAUGGAGGAAUAACACUGUUAUAUCAUCGCUGAAUGAGGCAAACAUCUACCCGUGCUCCUGUUUCAACGGUACCUGCCCUUUAAUCAUUGAAACAGUCAGAUUUGGAAACGGUUCAAACAUCUAUAAAACGGGCUGUGAGAAAGUUCUCGGAGAUUGGCUGAAUACAAAUAUUAUUGUAAUAUUUGGGAUGGAUGCUGGACUUUUGUUGAUUCAGGUGCUGCAGUUUAUCUUUGGAGUUCACACCUACAAAAGCAUCGGAUGCAAAACGAGAGAGCUUCAUCCGAAAAAACUGCUGAACGCCGUGGAUGAGAGCCCUUCGACAGUGCCUGUCCAAGAGCAGUAUGAAGAUCAAACCAAUAACACACAGAUGAACACUGUGGGUCACAAUAAUGGAGAAUAUAUUCAUGGGGGUUAUAAUAAUGGUGGAUACGAUCAUGUUGCCUACAAUCAAGGUGGACAUAUUGCUGAUAAUUAUGACCUGAGUAACAAUCCUGAAUUUUAUGAACAGGACAACAGGCAAAGUUACAAUCUGGAGUACCAGCAGGGCUACAGCGGCAGUCAUGAUCAGGGUUAUAUUCAGAGAUAUAAUGGUGAUGACUAUUAAAGACUUUUCUUGUGUAAUUGAUCACAUCGAGACAGAAUAAUUUUACAGCACACUGUAGGCUCUGGUCUACAUUUGACCAAAGACUCUUAAAACCUUCACACGUUUUUAAACAGGUUGACGCUUGUUCUCAGGAGUAUCGUUUGUCAUUUUAAAACAACCAGCAUCUCUUUUUCAAAGAGUUCAUUGCAUACCAUUCACUUCACUGUUUUUCCAUCAACAACACAUUUCUCAAAGUCACAGUUUUUCGCAAUGACAGACAACAUACUUUUAAUCUAGCAGAUCUCUAUUUAUUUUAAUGCCCCUUUACAAGUUUACAGAUGUUGUAUAAAUGUAGAUGUGUAAUUAUAGAAAAAUACUGACAUGAACUUAUUAUUGACAAACACACAUACAAUUAAUCAUUUUAAAACACUAACAUAAGAAAAUAUAAACAGAGGCCUUAAAAGGUAUUUGGAUUAAAUUUCACGUCACUGCAUAUACACUCUAAGAAAGGAUGUGUUCAUUUUUUACUUUUAAAAAUUCAUGCUUUUAACACAUUAUGUGUCAUUUUGUGUUGAUUUUGUGUUAAAAUAAAACACAAGUUGUGUUAAAAGUAACACAAAAUGUGUUGUUUCACUGUAAAAAUACUUUGCUGCCUUUUUUGUUGAAUCAACUCUGAUUUACAAGUCAUUUCAACUUACUAUUAUUUAUCUUGACUAGAGAGCAGUUGUUAUAACUACAGGUGAGUUGUUAUAAUUAAGUUGACUUUUCUCAACUAUAUUUUUUAAGUUGAGACAACUCAUCUCUGUUGACAUGACUUGUAAAUCUGAGUUGAUUUAGCAAAAAUUUUAAGGCAGCAAAGUAUUUUUUACAGUGCAGAGAUGUGUGGAUUCUGGGACACUAAUGUGUUGUUUUUAACACAUCCGUUCUAAGAAUGUAGAUAACAAAUUGUCAAACCAAAAUCGUGCUGGACAUUAUCUCAGAUCUAGUAUCACAUUUCUGAAUAUGAUCUGACCACAUAUUUUACAAUGUCUGACAACCAAAAAGUGUCCAAAUAAUUUUGUGUUAAUUU